AUGCUGCGCUACCUCGUUGAGGAGGAGUUGCCUGAGAAGCUCAGCGUCCGCCUCGACAGUCCGGCCGCGGUGCGAGCGGGGUUCGCCUCGCAGCCGAUUCUCUUCCGGGUGGGGGUGAUUCGUCUUAUGCGGCGGCUGCAAUACAAAGGCCAGUUCUUCGUCCCGUUCAUCCCGACCAAACACUUCGUGCUCGUCUUCCCCGCCGCCGCCGACGCGUGUGAGCGGGGAAAGCUCGCGGAGGGCGCCCCCGAGACCAUCUCCAACUUCCUCUGCGAAAUGUUAGGCACCGGUGGUGAGGAGGAAUACACCAUCCAGGAUGCCGGGCUCUGCGUUCACUCCGGGGCGGCCCUGUUGAUCCUGCGGUGCGGCUCCGUGGAAGGGGCGUUGGCGGCGAUCGAGGCAUGCGGGGAGGUUUCACGGCAAACCCCCCAAAUGCGGCUGAGCCCGACCUACAUCCAGUGCUACCCUUGCGAGCCCCCGCCGUCGGAUACGAGUCUUUCGUGGUAUCGAAAGGAUUAUUACUUCAUCCCCACCUGCGUGCUCUGUGCGGAUCGCCUGGAGGCGUCGUUGACGGGGUUUCCACCCGAUGCCGUCACCUGCUGCUGUGCGUUGAGUGGGCAGCGCUGCACGUGUUUGGCGGCCUCGCGCUGCGUCGUUUGCCAGAUUUUACACCACUCCCAGACGAGCACCAUCGCGCAAAAACAGGUAAAAUGCCAGGACUGCAAGCAAUCCGGGGAUCCGUGGAUUUGCCUGAUAUGUGGAUACGUCGGGUGCAGUCGAUAUCAGGCGAUGCACGCGAAGGAGCAUUGCAUCGCCAAACAGCACUUCUUUUCCAUCAACCUGCUCACGCAACAAAUAUGGGAUUACUACAGUGAUGCCUUUGUGCAUCAGGUGGUGAUGGUUUUUGACUUCGCCUCGGGGAGUACCACCCGCGUACGCUAUCCAAGCCGCGAGGAUCCCGUCUUCUCGGACGAAAACGACAACAACAACGGGAAGGAUCCGUUUUGGCAGAAGAAGAGCGUUUCCGCAAAGUACGAUGCCAAGCUCCGGGCCUCUCAUACGCAAUACGCAACGGUCAUCAAAAAUGAACUCGAUGCAAUGCGUCAGGUUUACGAAAAUGAGAUUAGCAACUCCAUUUGUAACAAUCAGAGCGGGUCGCUGCACAUAAGAAGGGUAGGGAGUAACGCAACCAACUUGGCAUCCCCCUCUUCCCCCUGGACUUCCGAAGCAGAGCCACAUUUUCAGCUAAAUUCAUCACCACAACAACAACGAACCAUCCGCCAACUCCACGACUCCGACCCCUUUGCUCCUAUGAAAACGCUCAAUCUUAUCAUGAGCAAGGUGCUUGAUGCACAGGAGACUGCCUUGAAGAGCGACUUAAACCUCCAAGGACUUUCAUAUGAAAUUUGCCUUCACACCAAAGAAAGCUCGCAGCUGGAGGAGCGUGUGUACAAUGCAGAAGAAGAGCUUCGUUCGAUUGUUCGGAAAAACGUAGCGUCGGUGAUGGAAAUAGAUGCUUCGAUAGAGGAAAUGAAAACCACGUUGAAGGAAAUUAGGUUGAACGUAGAAACAGAACGAAGGCUGCGAUCUCAGCUUGGGGCCUCAGACACAACUGAUAAGAUGUUCAUCAUGGGAAAGGGUAAGAAGAACUUGUAA